UGCUCAAUGUCUUCUAUUUUCGUUUUCGUUACAACUACUUUAUUAGCUUUGUCAAAUAGCAACGUUAUUUUUUAGAAGUAAUCAAUUAACCGAUAGUCUCUGUUAUAAUGAUCAUGCAACAGGAUAGAGUUGUCUCCAGUCCUGAGUCGUUCUGCAAUAGUAACAAAUCAUUUACUUCUCCCAUCUCCGUAUCUAGCUGUUCCGGCUCGGAACGAGAAAGUCCAAAAAGCCACUGCAGAAGAAGGUCGCCAGUCCGUUCGAAGAAGCUACGGAAAUGCACGUUCCAAGGAUGCGACAAGAGCUUCUCAAAGUCAGAUCAUCUCAAGACCCACUAUCGCACUCAUACUGGAGAAAGGCCGUACAAGUGUGACUAUGUGGACUGUUAUAAAGUGUUUGCAGAUAGUGCAAACUUAAAAAGACACAAGCGGAUCCACACAGGGGAGAAGCCUUUCAGUUGUCCAGUUCCGGGUUGUGGUAAACAGUUCUCCGUGUCCAGUAACUUAAAGCAGCACAAACGGAUCCACACAGGCGAAAAACCGUACGGAUGUGAAGCGUGCGGGAAGACUUUCAGUCACGUGUCCUCCAAGAGAAAACAUCUAAAACAACACUGCACAACUGCUUUUCAGGUGAAUCCAAAUACACUGAAAGCAGUUGAAAGCUUGCGACAUCUUGCGAAGCAACACGUUUCUUCGAGCAAACAGUUAUCACCAGUUACUCUGGCAACGUCAUCACAACUACACAUGUUCCAAGCAUCUGAACCCUGCUCAAUUUUCUCAAAACUGAGCCAGCACUCGCCUGUUGAUAACAAUUCUUGUGAAGAUGUAAUAGGAUCUAUAAGAAUGGUUCAGUUUAAAGGCCUACAUGUGACCCUGGUGAUGGAGAUGGCUUACAAGAUAGCUGCUGUAGCUGUUCUGAUCAGUGGACAGUCUUCAACUUUCACCAAACACCGUUAAAAGUAGCUCACGGAGUCCUAUAUACGUGGGCCACACAGAACACUUGAUACUAACUCGGACAGCAGCUGACUAAGAUGACUCUAACCGGACUAAUUAAGAAAAUAACUUAAAGCUUGAAUACUGAAGUAUUGAAGUUUGGUCCAGAGCACAGCAAUAUUUGGUAUAUUUUGAAUGAAAGGCAAAAUUGUGGAAAGUACGUCAUGAGAUUUAUUAUUUAAUGACGUAUUCUGAUCAAUGCUUGAUUGUUUGAUUAAAAUUAAAUUAAUUCGAAAGAUUCAAUUCAAGAGUCAAGCUAACUAUUAAAACUUUUAAUUGAAUACCGCAUU